UUCGGAAUCGUUCCAACGGUGGCAUUUUCAAUGCUUGGGCAAGUUGGCCAGGGAAGCAUGAGGUCGUGGACCAAGUUGAACUCUUGCGUAGGAAUGUCGUUGGCAUGCCAUCCCACUGCAUGUAUGAUGUCUUCGUCGUCGUCAACGGCGGCAGCGACUCCACCUAUGCAGGACGUGGCGACGUUUGCAGCAGGAUGCUUCUGGGGCGUCGAACUUCACUUUCAACGCGUACCAGGUGUGCUGGUCACCCGCGUGGGGUACACCAAUGGGCACACACUCAACCCUACAUACAAGGACAUCUGCCGCGGCGACACUGGGCACGCUGAAGCUGUCCAAGUGACGUUUGACAGCGCCAUUGUACCCUACAAGGACCUGUUGGAGAAAUUCUGGUCCAUCCACGACCCCACAACUUUGAACCAGCAAAAGAACGACGUUGGCACGCAGUACCGGUCGGGCAUAUAUUACCACAACGACGAGCAAAAGGCGCUAGCGGAAGCGUCCAAGGCCACCCAACAAACCCAUCUCCAUGCCACCGCACUCCUCCCUCGAAUCAUCAGUAGCAGAGACAUCGUCACGGAGAUUGAACCGGCAGGAGUGUUUUACCCCGCUGAGGAUUACCACCAACAAUACCUUCAAAAAGGAGGCCAGUGCGCCAAGAAGGGGACCACCGACUCGAUUCGGUGCUACGGCUAACUUGACUAAGAUCACUUGUGGUGUUAACGCAUUGGAUUGAAUAUUUC